AGCAAACAGGAGCUCGAGCUCAACAGAAAGGGCAGCUAGCUUACAGCUCAGUGAAGAGAGGUGUGCUUUCUCAGAAGCUGGUCACAUAUAAACGGUUUAUUUGGCUGCUCCAAUCCACAUCGCGAUGGACAGUAGUGCAUCUGAGGACUUGGCAGAAGCAUCUGAACAUGACACACCACAGAACAACUGGACUGAUGAGGACACAAAAGCAGAAGAAACUGGAACAUGGGAGGCUGUGUUCAAGGAUGAAGAUGGCUUUGCUGCUGAUUAUUCUGUGGAUAUGGAUGACCCCGAAUGGGAUGUGAACCUGGAGUCUGGAGAUAUGGAGCCUGAUGAGAGGGAGAAGAAUAACAUGGACAGCACUCGGAUGUUCAAGCUGAGAAGGGGCCUGGACCAGCUGGACCGUUUUUACAAACAGAAGGAGUUUAACGUCUUAAAGGCCAGGGAGGAACUGAAAGCCUGUCGUCUUCAUGUGACUGAGCUGGAAAAACAGAGAGACAACUUAGAAAAUGACAUAGAAAGGGAGAAGCAGGCAGAGAACAGCGCAGCCGUAUUCCGCCUACGUGCCCACCACAAGUGUGUUUGUGCCGAACUUCAAGCAGAGGAGGAGCUGGAGGCUCAUCUAGCCAUGGUCCUGCAAGAGCAUGAACUAGAGCUUUGUCAAGUGGAGGUAGAACUUGGUCAUUACCUAGGCCUGCGUCAGGAGGUGGAACAUGAGGAGAAGAAAUUUCAGGCAUUGAAACAGGAGAAGCACAUUCAAAGACUCCAAAGGGAAAAGAGCGUCACAAAAGGGGCCAAACUGAAAGCACUGCAUGCCAAAAAUGAGCAGGAAAAGGCCGUACAAGAGCAAGUAGAGCUUGACCUGAGAAAGCAGGAUCAGAUUCGGGCAAGCCGAAAGAAAGCAGCAGUCUUCCUUAAACAGACUCUCAAGAGAAUGCGUGAAAAAGAGGAAGAGAGAGAAAAGAUGAGGAAGGAGCUGAUGAAGAAAAGGAUAGAAGCAGCAGAAUCACUGAAAGCCAAUAUCGCGGCCAGUCAGGAAGCUCUGCGUGUGAGAAAGCUUAAGGAGAAAGCCUGCUUGCAGAAGCAGAAAGAGGAUGAAAAGUGUCGUAAACAGUUAUGGCAAGAAGCAGGAAUGAACAGCAUCAAGCUCAUGCACCUGCACAAAGCACAGGAGGACCUCCACAGAAAGCAGGAGGAGCUCCAGGAGAGGCAGAAAACCAGACGGAUGGAGAUAGUCUCCAAACUGCUCCUGGAAGAAGAGCAAAAGGAGAGACUGAAUAAACGACAUGCGCUCCUCAUCCAUCCACCACCACGUGUGACUCAGAGCAUGGUGCUAAAGCGACGGGAACAAAGACUGUUGCAGAACUUACUGCCUCUAUCAGCACACUCAGAUAGAGAGUUAAUUCAGGAUAGGCGCCCAGCCCGCCCUGUGUCAUCUCCUGCAUGUUCCAGAAGUGACAUCAGCUCCUCUCUGAAUUCCAUGGAGAAACAGGGCAGAAGAACAAGGAUUGAGGCAGACUGGCUAAUGGAAGGAAAAGGAGACCAAGAGUGUCUGGUCCAUCCGGAGUUCACCGGCCUGUGGGAUCGGAAACACAGGGAUUACACGAUGUCAGAUGAAGACAUUCCUCUCAAAACAUCUCUGUUGAGGUCCAUGAAGACAGGCCCAGACAAAACUCUAACUUCAAAAGGAACCAAGAAAACUACAAGUGGCAAAGAGCUGAAAGGUCCACCAUUUGUCAGCAAACCAGAAACAGUCUUAUUUAAGGAUUUUGACCUUGAAAAGACAUAUCAGAGAAAAGUAGUACUUACAAACAUCUCUAAUGUCACAAAUUACUGCAGACUUGUGGGAGUUUCACAAAACCUCAUGGAUUUCUUAUCUGUAAGUUUUGAGCCUCCUGGGCCAAUGUCAGCAGGCAUGGCGUGUGAACUUGAGGCUGUUUUCAGACCUUUGCUGAAUGAAGAUCUGGAUGGUGAGAUCCAGUUUCAGUCAGCUACUGGCCCCUUUUCUGUCAUAAUCAAGUGCAGAACAAAAAAAUGUGAUAUGGUUGUUGAUAGCAGCCUCAUUGACUUUGGCACGCAUGUGGUCGGGGAGACAAUUUCACGGGUAAUCACCCUGACCAACAGGGGGGCACUGGGUACUCGCUAUUCACUGGCUCCCCUCUCCACAAACUGCCUUCAGUUGCACAAUCUAUCACAGCAUUCCUCUCCUAGCAAACAGGAACCUGGUGACAGCAGAAGUGUGAAAGGUGCUGCUUUAUGUCAUGAGGAAAAAAAUGAACCAGACAGAGAAAACGCUAACUGCAUUACUCAAACGGAAUUGAAAUCAGGUACAUCCCUAACCAGCUGUGACACAUCUGUAGGUGUUGAGGCUUCAGGACCUGAUGGUUUGGAGGAGGGUGAGGUUACAGAGGUUGAGCAGGACCAUGACUCUGAGAUCACUGAAAUCAGCAUUGGUAAAGUUCUUGAGGGUGAGGUGGGCCCAUUUGCUAGCAUCAAACUGCCCAUCAUUUUCACACCGACCAUCCCAGGAGAAACUAAGCUAGAUAUUAAGAUCACCUUUUCACAACCAAACUGUGAAGCGAUUGUGGUGUCAGCCUACGGAGUGGCUGAGAGUGUUCCCGUGUGGGUGACCAAGCCGAGCAUGGACCUAAAGAUCUGCAUGUAUGAUCGCCUUUACCAAGACUGCAUUGAAGUGCAAAGCAGAGCCAGCACAGCACUCAGAUUGACAUUCGAAGUGUGUAAGGAGCUGAAAAACCACAUGGACAUCCUGCCUAAAACUGGCUACAUUCAGGCAAAGUCCAGCUUUCAUGCCCAGCUCAAAUUCCUGCCCAGAUGUAGCCUGCCAGAGGACGCCAAGUCCUUCUUUGACCAGGACACGGGAGUCCUGGAGGUACCUCUGAAUAUACAGGUGGCUGAUCAGGUAAAGCCUGUUCCCUUCACUGUCCACGCGGUUGUGACCACCUCUGAUUUGAAGUUUGACCACACCGAGGUGGAUUUUGGGCACUGCACCGUUUUCGAGUCUGUUCAGAAUACUGUGCGUCUCACCAACCUCUCUUUAUUGCCUCAGGACUUCGGUUUUGUGGGCAUUCCCAAGUCCAUUGAUGUCCAGCCUAAUGAUGGUUUUGGCACGCUGCUUCCACUACAAUCGCUGGAAAUCGAUCUGAUCUUCAGUGCUUCAAAAGCAGGCGAAUACAACUUUCAGCUCACCUGCAAGUCAGGAAUUAACAGAAACUUUCUGUUACCGUGCCGUGCGAUUGGUGUGCGCCCUGUGCUGGAGCUGUCUAAUUCACUGGUGCAGUUUGGAGCCACAGCAGUAGGAGAUCGGUCCACAGCAGUGCUGUAUGUGCUGAACUCCCACACUAGCCUCAAUGACGUUACACGCCCCAUGCCACGCAUUGGCAAAGGCCCUGUCGCUCCUGUAGGUGCCAGAUUCUUCACAUUCACUCCUCCAGAAAACUCUGAAAUUACAGUGACCCCCAGUACAGGAUGUGUGCUGCCUGGACAGAGAUGUCUGGUCCAAGUUACGUUCAGCCCAUUGCUGUCUGAUGAUAUCAUCAAGGCAGAGGCUGUUCGGCUGCUGGCACAGAAUGAGGAGCUACAGAACAAAAAUGAGAUACAGGAGGAACCAAAUAAAGAGAAGACUCCCCUAAAUCAUAGCUCAAGCAAGCUGAAGGAGAAGACCAGUGAAGUGUCCCUGACUCCCAAAAGUGAGAGUCCUUUGCAGGCCUUGAACCCAGAGGACAUACAGAAAGACUCAGAUGAGUAUGUUGCCGCGAAGGCCUCUCUACUCCGCUCUUUCAAAGAUAGAUGCAGCCGUUUCGUCAUCCCAUGCUUUGUAUCCAAUGGAGACAUCACACACCAAAAGGAGACAGAGGAACCCUUAUACAGCCCAUAUAACACACUGUACCUGGAGCUGCAUUGCCCAGCUGUUCGACCCAUGCUGAUGGUCAUCUCUGACAACGGUGAAACCACCAUCAACUUCAACCAGGUGGCAGUAGGUCAGAAGGUUUUGAAAAAGGUGAAAGUCCAGAACAUUUGUUCAGAGUUUGUGCAGCUGAAGUCUUCACUGCUGGACUUAAAUGGACCAUUUGCUGUGUUGAAUGCGAUGAGAGGAGUCAGGCCUGGAGAGACACACACACUCCUGCUGGCUUUUACACCAGCUUUGGGUAAAAAGUAUCGUGAAAUACUGGAGGUGAGCUGCAGUAAAAUGACUCUGGAGUUCACACUGUGUGGAGAAGGCAUCGAACCUCUCGUCACCUGUGCACAUGAGGGACGAAUCAUGGACUUCGGAUACGUGCUGGAGAAACAGAGCACUAGCCAAGUGCUUACGCUUCAGAACUCUUCCGCUCUGCUUGUACAGUUCAGAGUGUUGUUGGACAGCCUCAGCCUCUCCAAACACAGUAACACACGCUUGCUUCCCGCAUUCCUCUCCAAGUAUUCCACACCAUGCACAACUUUGGGCACUCAGAAUUACAGGGGUCAGAGUGUGUUCAUUGUGUCACCCACAGAGGGCACUAUUGCCCCCGGUAAAACUCAGGACAUCACUGUGACAUUCCAGCCUGAUCAUGAGGGUCUACAUUACCGUGAUGCACUCCAUGUACAACUUAUGAACCAUCAAACAGUGUGUGAUCUGGAGUUACGGGGUGCAGCACGGUGCAACACCAUGUUUGUAUGUGGUGGUGAUCCAUUAGACCUGUGCCCUGAUUCACUCAUCCAUCCAAACAUAUACAGUGCAGGCAAAACAGAACACACAGAGAGGGAGAAGCUGCCCACACCUCUGUUGCUGACUCUGAGGAAUGUGUACCGUGAGGGCCAGAUGACAGCCGCAGUGCGGGAAUUAGAGGUGGGCUGCAUCCACAGCUCACAACCGCACAACAAGAAGAAUGGAGAGUUUUUAUGGGAGAAUGUAGCUGGUCUUCAGCAGCAUGGGUUCAGUGUGGAGCCCACCAAAGGAAGUGUAGAUGCAGGUCACAGACGCGCCAUCACUGUCACUUGGACACCACCUGCUGGACACAUGCCCAACAAGGUGGUACAGAUGUGUGUUCCGCUGAUUUUGAAGGGAGAUAAGACUGAAGUGUACAGUGUCACACUCCUGGCCUACACGUCCCACCACGCAUAUUCUGGAUAGGACUUCAGCCAAAUAUAAUUAUUAUAUUAUAAUUUCUCCUUGGGGAUCAACAGAGUACUCUCUAUUUAUAAAUUACAAACCUUCC